AUGAACCCUGCUGUGACCUUAGGGGUCACUGUGGCAGGCGGCCUGAAGCUCAUCAUGCUCUUCCCCUAUUGGGCAGCUCAGUUCUGUGGAGCCAUAGUGGGCGCCGGCUUUGCCAGGGCUGUGGCCUCCUCGCACGAGAGCUUUGUGAAUGCGUCUGGCGGAGCCUUUGAUGCCAUUAAGGCCGAUCAUCAGGUGGGCGUAGCUCUGCUUGCGGAGGGGAUCAUGACGUUCUUCCUGGUGCUGUCGGUGUGCCUGAGUGCAGUGAACCGUCAGAGCAAAACGCCCCUCGCCCCCUUCUGCAUCGGCCUCACACUCUGCGUCGGCAUCCUGGGAGCUGGGGCGGUCUCUGGUGGCUGUCUGAAUCCGGCCCGAGCCUUCGGUCCAGCCGUGGUGGCUAAGCACUGGCCCUACCACUGGGUCUACUGGGUUGGCCCUCUGGCUGCUGGGCUGCUGGUCGGCAUUGUGCUCAGGACUUUGUUGGGUGACCCCCGCACAAGACUGACCUUCAGAAAGAGAGAGCCUUCUUCCUGAACAAAACCUCUUCAGCCCCGUCUAUCGUCUGACUCAGUCUUCAUCCCAUUCAAUUGAACUCAUUAUUUUGAAAUUUGCUAUCAUAUGAAAGGUGCAAGGCAUAUGAAAGGUUCAGGUACACUUGAGAGUUUGUACUGUAUGUAAUCACAUGUUGAAACAGUUGAUACACGCAAAAAAAGGGGGAAAUAAAUGUAAAUAGUAAGUAUGAAUGUACCAGUAGGUGGAAUAUUUAGCUAUGUUUACGGUGUUGUUAGUUUAUUUGUUUGUUUGGAAAUGUAUUUGUUUCUCAGAAGAUUACUGUGUACAUUACUAGAUUAUUUAUGCUC